AUGCGCUCAUCCCUACACUUAUUGCUCCUUUCUCUGGCUGGUUUGAAUGGAAAAAAUUAUAAAAAUUCAUCUUUUUUCUAGCCGGAAUCAAUGGUCAACAUAUUUUCAAACUGUCCACCUUCAAAUCGGAACUCAAAUCGACGCUGACAAAUGUGGAAGAUGGCGCCUUUCUAUUCAUUUCCUCCAGUGAUGAUUCUAACUAUCUCAGGAACAUUCAAAUUGAAACUGCUGGAACUCAAUUCAAGUGAUUGCCAUUGCUCAUUCCUUUGAUAACGAUUAGAAAUUCAGUGCAUUGGAUAUUUCUAAUCGAUUUUUCUCCGGUACAUCAGGACGGAAAAUUGGAUUAAAAGUUCUUCGUGGCUUGUCGAUAACGACUACAAAUAAUAAUACGAUUUCUAGCAAGCUUUUUGGACAGUUGUACGUCACUACCGCAGCUCAGGCUCAAGGUUUUGAAGAUUUUUGGAAUAUUUGGCAGUCCUAAAAGCAGCACCAGAACGGUUUCUUAACAUUUUGGCAGUACUAAAAGCAGCACCAGAGUGAUUUUCGUUAGCUAUUCCUAUUGGAUCGACUUAAGUUUUAGCGCCAAAUUUAUCAUUUUAUAACCAUAAAUAUUGACGUGAGCUCCAGCUAGGUCAAUCUGAUAUCCGAUUAGUAUUGAAGAAAAUUUUCUUCCUAUUCAACCCUAUUCAGAUCCGAACUUCCAAGUUUACGACGUCGUUGCCCGUGAAACCAUCACUCCGACUGAUAAUUUGAGCAAAACUUAUGUUCUUUUCAAUGUUCACAACUACUCUGUCGACAGCUCCUACCCUUACUAUUCCUGCAUAAUUUCCAACUUGAAACAGGACCCGGUUCGGAACUUUCUGAGUAAAAUUGCUGAAGUAAUCAUUUUAGAACAGCAUCCUCGUGAUGAAUACCGGUAUACCUGGACAGCGAUUACGCAAUAUUACCAAAUUUUUUGUCAAUCCUCUCGAUGAGAUUGCUUUUGGGCAGUGAGUGUCGUUUUCCUUUUUGAAGCCGCACAAGAAAAUAAGAGACCGAACCGCGCUCAGGAAAAGUCUAGCCACUGGUCAAUCGGGAGGUCGAUACAAGUAGGUACCGGGUAGUGACUUGAAGUCAAUCGGUGGUCGUUUGUAUGUGACCGGGUACCAUCUCUCUCGUACCUGAAUACUACCGGCAAGGUAUCGGAAUGCUACCGAGUAAGAAUCCUGACCAGCGUAUGCUUUCCGGCACCAUGAAAGUAGCAAAUAAGUACUGCCCGGUAGCUACCUCACGAGCGGUCGCUAUCCGGUACCUACUUGCAUCGACCUCCCGAUUCACCUUUGGCAUUUGUAAGAGGGAUUAGACACAGAACAACACUCGUUCCAAACCAACUGUUGCACACUUCUCAAUUAUAUUUUUCAGCUUCUUCACGAACAUCGAGCCUCUAUCCAUUCCUCUACCCGUUUUCUACAUUACUGGAACUCUAGGUGGCCCAACUUUCACCAUGGAAUCUGGAUCAAGUACUUUUCACAUCAAUAAAUAGUGAUGAAAGUCUUUCUUUAUAGUCCCAGCGACUACCAUCAACACAACCGCCGUAUCGACUUCUGGCCUGAUUAUGGUCAACGACGACGAAAUCGCUCAGAACUAUACUGUUAAUUUCAACGCCGAUCCAGCUUAUGAUGGAGUUUGUGGGUUCAUGGUAAGCUUCUAGAAGUUGAAUGAAGUUAAAAAGAAACAUUUGAAGACAAUUUUCUUUUUUCAGUACGUCUCCGAAUUGCUCAAAGGUGUCGAAGUCCAGAGCGGCCUUUAUGGCCUCAAAGGCGGAUUCACUGGCUUCAAGUGAAAAACUUUCUUUUUGAAAUGAAAUAAAUUGUAAGUUGCAGUCUUGAUGACGGGCUCUCUUAUGCUGCUGGCGAGAUGGAAGGUUACGGACGGAUGGUCAUGGUUAAUGCUACCGCGCCAAAUAUGGGUUUCUACAGCUACCAAUAUUAUAACUUGAGUGAGUUGAAAACAAACGAAACAAUCAGAAAUGUCUCUUCUUCUUGAAAAACCUGAACACUCCUACUACUAAGAACUUACUUCUUUAAAAACUUUCUGAGACAAAUUCUGUGACAAAUCUUUUUUCCUCUGGAUCAGAAGGUCACUUUGAAGCUCUUAAUCAAUAAGAAAGCCUUGCUGAUCUUCAUAUCACACAGGAACUUUCUUAUUGUAUUUUUCAGGAGGAGCGCUUCUGCCUACACCUUCUGCAACGCCGACAAACCCACCCACAAAUCCCGUAACUUCAAAAAUUCCUACCAUUACGACAGAAAAGGCCAUUAUUCCCACUACGACCAAAUCUGCUCACUUUGAAACAUUCUCCAUAUUAUUCGUUGUCCCCGUCUUUUUUCAGCGCUUUUUCUGA